AUGGAAUACAAAAGUGGACAGCUGAACGGCGGAGAGGUAGCUUCUUCGACGACAGUGGGACAAGGUGCAGAGGAAGGGAAUGUGGAAUGUCAGAAUCUGACGCAUAUGGACCCUGUGAUUGACGAACAGAUGACUGUUCCACUCUCAGCGGGCAAGGGAGCUCAAGCGUAG